AUGAAGGCAAUCGUCUUCAACGCCCAAGGCGAGCCCGCCACGCUCGCCGAACGCAACGUUCCGGACCCGGGCCCCAACGAAGUCCUCGUCAAGGUGUCGACCACUGCUCUGAAUCCACAUGAUCAGAAGAUCAAAGACCUUGGUCUCCUGAUCAAGGAAUGGCCAUGGAUCCCCGGGUCCGACGUCGCCGGCACCGUCGAGAAGCUGGGGCCGGACGUCACGAAGUAUCAAGUCGGCGACAGGGUCUUCGGCCAGGGCAACUUCCUCAGUCCCCGAGUCCUCGACUUCGCCGGCCUGCAGGAAUAUGCGUUGGUCGACGACCGAUGCAGCGCCAAAGUACCGCCGGGGCUCUCGGACGACGACGCCACCACCAUGCCGACCAACGCGGCGACGGCCUUCUUCGGCUUCUUCGCGAACAGCGGCUUCGCCCUGCCCGUGUCGUCUCUCGGGGGCAAGGCCGAGUUCGACGCGUCGAGCCACGACCUCGUCGUGCUCGGAGGCAGCAGCCAGCUGGGGAAACUGAUCAUACAGUUCGCCAAGGUGAUGGGCUGGCGCUCCGUCGUGGUCACCGCCGGGCCUCAGAACACGGACAGCCUGAAGCAGCUGGGGGCAACUCAUGUCGUCAGUCGCCACGGGAACUUCGAUGACAUGGUCCGCCAGAUUCGGGACGUCGUCGGAGAUGACGACCUGCAGUAUUGCUUCAAUGUCAUGCACAGCGACCGCACCCUGGGAGCCGCACUGCUGUCGGGCAGCGGCGGCGGGAGCGGCCAUCUGGCGAACUUCGUCCACGGCACGGUGGAUUACGCGCGCGCGGGCAAGAAGGAGGCAGAUUUCGAGGAUACCUUCGUGCAGGGCAUGACGCUCCUGUAUCCCGAGCUCGGCCGGUAUUUCUGGGACCAUCUGCCUACUUGGCUUGUCGACGGCAGUCUAAAGGUACCGAAGUGGUCGGUCAUCGAGGGCCUGGAUGUCACAAAGGUCAAUGAGGUGCUCGAUAAGUGGAAGGAUCAGGAGCCCGUGCCGGACCAUCCACAUGUGCACCCGAAUGCUUGA